AUGAUUCGUCGAGUUAUCUACGAUGUUGAAUUUCGCGUACUUAUUAAAGAAAAAUUAAAUCCUUGUGAUAGUGUGCUUGUUACUGGUUCAUGUGAACAACUGGGUGAAUGGUUACCAAAUCGAUGUAUACCAUUGAAUCGUACCGAUAAAACUGAUGACGGUGAAAUAUGGUCAACUAAUAUUAAAAUUUAUGGACCACAAAAAAUAUUUUAUCGAUAUUUAAUUGCACAAAUUGUACGAAUUGAUGAUGAUUUAAAUUUAAUCGUUAAAAAAUGGGAAACAUUUAAGAAAGCACGUUUGUUAUCACUUAAUCAUAUAACAAACGAAGCUGAUGAUGGACCUCCGCCGAUAACUGAUACGACAGUUGAUAGCGAACCACCUGACGAUUUUCCAGCUAUUUUUGGAUGUUAUAAGGGCGAAGAUCGUACUGACAUUGGUUGGUUAACAGGUCAAACAGAAAUUCAACUUCGUUUCCAUUCAAAUGCUUUACAAAUAUGGUCAUCUAAAUUACGCAACAGUAAAAUAUCAUUAAAAGUAUCACCUAUUGAUUUAAAUUAUCAACAAGAAAAUGAAGAAAUUCUAUCUGAUCAAUCUAGUCAAGUUUAUACACCAACAUCGAAAGUCUUUAUACAAUCAGCAAUAUUACGUUUAUCCGGUUGUGAAGCGAAUUUUCAAAGUGAUUAUGGUGCAGUUAUAGAAAAAGAUGAUUAUAUGGUUGUUAAAAUUCAAACAUUUGAACCCGAAAAUGUUGCUUAUCAUAUUGAUUUUUAUCUUGUCGAUGAAACGACUUCACUUAGAAAACACAUCGGUUUUGCAUAUGUUUUACCAAUACAUUCAAAUCUUGAAUUAGCAGAUAAUAAACAUAUUAAUCGUAUUGUACCGAUAAUUGGACUUAAACACAAUCCUAUUGGUCAGAUAAAAAUCGAUGUAUUAUUGAUAACACCAUUGGAAAGUGUUCAACAGAAAUUUCUUGUUACACCAUCAAAAUAUUGGCGUCAAGGUCGACGACCAGUUAAUGUCGGUCAUCGAGGUUUAGGUAAAACAAAUACUGAACACAUUCCAUCGAAAGCACAUCAAACAACACCACCAAAUGAUUCAACUAAACAACGUAUUGGUGAUUCAUCAACACCACCUCUACCAUCAACAUCACGACCAGUUCAAACAAAAUUUGUUAGUGAAAAUACGUUAGCUUCAUUUAAAGGUGCUUUUCAACUUGGCUUUGAUUUUGUUGAAUUUGAUGUUCAAUUAUCAAAGGAUAAAAUCCCAGUUGUUUAUCAUGAUUUUCAAGUUGCUAUUACACUUAAACGUAAAGGACAAGAAGCUGAAUUAUUUGUCAUACCAGUUAAAGAUUUAACAUUACCGCAAUUACAAUGUUUAAAAAUUUAUCAUGCAAGUAAAGAAGGUGAAGUAAGAAAAGGUGAUGAAGAGUUAGAUGAUGAUGAUCAAACAAAUACAAAUAAUAAUAUAACUCCAACAAUGACAACAACAACAGCAGCUGCAACACCAACAACAUUUACUCCAAUGACGAAUGGAGAAAAUGAACAAAUGAUAACAAGUCAUUCCGGACAACAACAAGAUGAGAAAAAAUUUCGUUCAUUAUUUCCAACUUUACAAGAACUUUUCGAAAAACUCGAUCCACAUCUUGGAUUUAAUGUUGAAAUUAAAUAUGCUAUGGAAUAUAAACAAGGUGGUAGUGAACAAAAUCAUUAUUUUGAACGUAAUGAAUAUAUUGAUUGUAUCCUUCGAUGUCUUAUUACUUAUGCUGGCAAACGCGUCAUUGUAUUAUCAACUUUCGAUCCCGAUUGUGCUUCCAUGCUUCGACGUAAACAAACAUUAUUUCCCGUUUUAUUUUUAACACAAGGUGAAAAAGGUGAUUGGCCACAAUUUUUAGAUGUUCGAACAUGGUCUAUUAAUGUUGGUUUAUGUUUUAUUGUUACCGAACAUUUAUCGGGUUUAGCUGCGCCUGUACUUGAUAUACUUUCAAAUAAAGAAUUUGUUAAACAUGUUAAAGAAAAUGGCAAAUUAUUAUUUAUUUGGGGUGAUGAAGCAAGUGAUAAAGAAGUAUCGAAAAGUCUAUUAGAUUUACGUGUUGAUGGUUUAAUCUUUGAUCAUGUUGCUGAACUUAAAGAAGAACAUUCAACAACAGAAAAUCUUUUUAUUUCGGAAGAACGUGAAGAAUUAGAAGUCAUUAAUAAUUUUCGUCAAAAACAACUUGAAUUACAACAUCGGCAAUUAUUACAAGAACUUGAACGAUUAAAAACAGUACGAGAAACAAGUAGUUCAUCGAGACUAAAUACAACAGUAUCGCCAACAAAUCAAUUAUCGAAAGCGUCGAGUAUUCAAGGACAAGAUCAAUCAUUAAUAAUUGAUUCAAAUUUUAAACAUCUAAUGUAA